CAGAAACUGUGGCAGAUGUUUGAGAAGGGCAGCCUGAUGCGGGUGUCCAUCAAAGAUCUGCAAGAGGCUCUUCCACAGGUUCAUUGGUCUCAUUUCCUGAACAGCAUGUUCAAUAAGGCAGAUAUCACUAUAGCUGAUGACGAACACAUAUUUUAUGUUGCUGUUCAUAAAUUCAAACGGCUUCUGGAGUAUCUUGCAUCUUAUAAAAGGAGCACCAUCCAAAACUACUUCGGGUGGAGGAUAGUUCAAAGAUUCAAGGAUUUCGCACCGCAAUCGCUCAGACACUACAAAGCACGAACCUCGUUGCAAUGCACCGAGGACCUUUCGGAGGAGGCUUCUACGAUCUUGGGAAGGCUCUACGUAGAUCACUUCUUCACACUUCAAAGCAGGGAACAGCUCAGAACAAUCGUAGAAGACAUAAGAAGCGCAAUACGAAAACUUGUCGAAGGCGCGUCUUGGCUCGACGACAGCACCAGAAAGAAGGCAUUGGAAAAGGUUGACAAGAUGGUGAUGAAGGUCGGCUACCCUGACUGGCUGAAAAACGACACGCACUUAGAGGAGCUGUACAAAGACAUUGGAUGGGUGGACCCGAAUACGCCGUACUCCAUGAUCCGUGCCAGAUACCUGAACAACAAAGCAGUACAUCACCUGAAGAAUAUACGUAGGGCUUUCAACAGGACAGAAGGGUACCUUGUUUCCCUGCUGGAAUUUAAUGCUGUCAAUGUGCCCUUCGAAAAUUCAAUAGAAGUGACACCGGCGAUUGCCAGUGGUUUGCUGUUCGAAGAAGGGCUGCCCCCAUCUGUGAAUUUUGGUUCCAUUGGAUUUACUACUGGUCAUGAAAUCACUCACGGCUUUGACGCUGAAGGGAGGAUGUACGACGCCAUAGGAAGACAUGUAAACUGGUGGAGCACCGAAGCGGAUGCUGUGUACAAGAAGAAAGCUCAAUGCUUUGUUGACAUGUAUGACAACAUAACUGACAAAGCAACAGGUGUCAAGUUAAGAGGAGAGCAGACGCUUUCGGAGAAUAUUGCUGACAACGAAGGACUGCACGGUGCAUUUAAGGCAUAUCGACAGAGGCUCGAAGACGAAGGAAAAGCGCAGGAUGACGCUCUCCCUGGUCUCGACCACAUCUCUGGUGACCAGAUGUUCUUCAUUUCACAAGCACUCGCUUGGUGCGGAAAUACCAACCGGGAGGCACUCGCUUUGAUGGUUGCCAUAGACGAACAUAGUCCUGACAAGUACAGGGUGAAUCCUCCACUGGCGAACAUGAAAGAGUUUGCGGACGCAUUUCAUUGCGAUAACAACUCGCCUAUGGUUCAGAAGCGCAAGUGUGGACUUUGGUAACGGUAUGUUCAUCCAAUAAAUAUGGUCAGACACA